AUGAGCAUAUUCGUAUGCGGUUGGAUGCGAGUACUUGACUCCAAUAUGGAGUCACUAUUGCACAUAACUGGUCAGCCCACAACAAGUCAAGCUUCAAGCUGGGGGCACAUUGACCAUGACAGCUCAUCGAUGGCAUUGCUGAUCUGCUGACCUUCAUUAAUGCUGGCUUUGCUUAUACAAGCUCCCACUGUUCAACGCCCACUAGCUGCAGGCGAUGUCUUCUGUCACAAUGUCUUCUCUCACUGGCACGAUGACCAUCGCCGGUCCUAUGCAGACUCAACAGGUCAGCGAUAGCCCGUACAACUAUACCCCUACGAAAUGGAUCUGUGUCAUUUUCGUGAUGUUGUACAGUAUUUCAACUGUCCUCCACCUGGUCCAGGCAAUCAAGUAUAGACUGUGGUGGAUGAUUCCCACAGCAACCUUUGCGGGCAUACUAGAAAUAUUGGGAUGGAGUGCCAGGUUAUGGUCGAGCCGGAGCCCCGAGCUUUUGACGCCUUUUGAGAUGCAGCUCGUCGGCACCGUCAUAGCACCUACCCCACUAGUUGCAGCCAACUUUAUCAUCCUUGGCAAAAUAAUCAAUCAACUUGGACCGCAGUUCAGCCGUCUGACCCCAAAGAUGUAUACCAUUAUUUUUUGUUCCUUUGAUAUUAUUUGCUUGAUUGUACAAAGCGUCGGGGGCGCAUCUGCUGCAGAAGCCGUCAAUCAGAAUAAAAGCUCCACGAUGGGCGGGAACAUUAUACUAGGAGGAAUUGUUGCCCAGCUUUUUGCUAUAGUGGUCUAUGUCGCUUUGGCGGCCGAGUUUCUCUUGCGUUUUAAAUAUAACGCACCAUUCCGCUACGGUGUUAAGUCUUUCAUGUUCAGGAAGGGUCAAGGUUAUAUGAGUAAGAACGUGCGACGUAUGCUUUCCGGCAUGAGCUUCUGCAUCCUCUGCAUUUUUAUCCGGACCGUAUACCGCACUGUGGAGCUCGCCGAUGGGUGGUCUGGGUCAGUGAUUUCGACUGAAAGCUACUUCAUCUGGCUCGAUGGCGGCUUCGUCACUCUCGCCAUUUACUCUCUCAAUUUUAUUCACCCAGGUGGUUGUUUGAAGUGGGAUGCUGAUGAUAAUUCUUUACUGGAAGACGAGGAUUUUUAGACUUCAAUUGUCCUUGAUUGUAACGAAGCGGCUGGUCGUAUUUGUUACUAAGUACUAGUAGCAUGGCGUGGCUGUCGUACAAUAUUGUAGGGUUAGGUUUCUUUUACAUCGCCGCCCCUG